AUGACCAUCGUCGACUGGCAACAGAAAGCUCAGCUUAAGCAGUCUGAGGCUGCUAGCAAGAUCCCUCCAGAAUGGAGACUCUCUUCAGAUAUCGUGAAUGCCGUUUCCAACGAGCCUAAUGUUCUUGGUAUUCCCAAGAAGUGCGGUAUUCUUUCUGCUCGCGAGCUGGACAUCACCGAAAACUACGACGCCACUGAUCUCCUGCAGAAAUUAGCGUCAAAAGAGCUCAGUGCCCUGGAAGUUACAACAGCCUUUUGCAAGCGUGCUGCUAUUGCCCAGCAGCUUACCUUCUGCCUGACCGAGACCUUCUUCGACCAAGCACUCACCCGAGCCCGGCAACUGGAUGACCAUCUGGCGUCUACAGGAAAGACCGUUGGACCCCUUCACGGCCUUCCGAUCAGUCUGAAGGAGAGCUUCAACGUUGCUGGCGUGCCAAGCUCUCUCGGGUUUGUAUCCUACCUGGACCAUCCGGCCCCAACCACAAACUCGGCGUUGGUCGAUCUCCUCCUCGCCGCCGGUGCUGUUCUCUAUGUCAAGACCAAUAUCCCGCAGACAAUGAUGACGGCAGACUCGCAUAACAACGUGUUUGGCCGUGUCCUCAAUCCACACCGCCGCAAUCUCACGGCGGGGGGAAGCACAGGCGGGGAGGGUGCUCUCAUUGCCCUCCGCGGCUCGGUGCUAGGUAUCGGCACCGACAUUGCAGGAUCCAUCCGCAUCCCGGCGCUGUGCUGCGGGACAACUGGCUUCAAGCCAUCUGUUGGCCGGGUGCCAUCCGCGGGCCAAAAACCUGUCGGUCGAGCCGGGAUGGUAGGAAUUGCGGCCGUGGCAGGGCCUUUGUGCCGUUCCCUCAGAGACGCCGAACUGCUCCUCCGGACUGUGUUCAACUCGCACCCUGAGGACCUCGACGACGGCGUCGUAGGCUUUCCGUGGUGUGAUGCGCCCGCAAAGGAUGUGCUCACCAUCGGCGUCAUGGCAGAGGACCCCAAGUACCCGCUUCAUCCGCCCAUGCAGCGUACUCUGACUCUCGCCGCGAAGAAACUCGCUGCGGCCGGUCAUCGUAUUAUCGAUCUGACCGGAAAGUUGCCCAGCAUCUCUGAUGCCUGUGAACUUUCUUUCCGAUACUUCAACAUGGAUCCCGACCGGACGGCUUUGAAGAAGAUCUCCGAUAGCGGCGAGCCUCCCAUCCCCUCCCUGGGCGUCACAUAUAAUCCCGAUGAGCCUGCACCGGAGCCGACGCUGCGAGAGCUGUACGAUAUGAACGUGACACGGGGCGACGUGAUGGCGGAGGUGCGAAAGAUGUUCCUCGAGAAUCAGCUGGAUGUUAUCAUCAGUCCGGGGUUCCAGAGCUGUGCGGUUCCUCACGAUGAAUAUGGGAAGCCACCAUAUACUGUCUUCAGCAACUUGCUCGAUUAUCCAUCUUGCGUUCUUCCCUUUGGCAAGGCGGAGGAGGCUGCCGACGCCGAGUUUGUAAGAGAUGUCCAGUACAUCCCAGCGUACAAGCCUAAAGAAGUCGAAGGUGCACCAUGCCACGUGCAGAUCAUGGGCAGAAAGCUGAAGGAUGAGGCCCUGAUGCAGCACGCCAAGGUGAUUGAAAGUUUAUUAUCGAAGUAG